UAAUAGUAACAGGGAAAAUUCCCUAAUUCAGUUGCAGCAUAAUGAGCUUUGCUUUUGUUAACCCGUUUGUUCGAUGACUUAUUUAUUCCAAUUAUUGAUGCUCUCUAUUCAGGUUAUUAACUCCAGAAGCGAUUAACAACGAAAUCACGAGUUUAGGCAACGUUUGUGUGUGACAAUCUUUCUUGGUGUAGCAAGCUUUAUUAUAUUCUCAGUUAGUUUUUUGUUUUGUUUUUCAGGGUGUUGUUUAGCUCCAAAYUCAUUAUCCUUGCCUAUUGCGAUGCUUAAGUUGCCUUCAGCACCAAGAAAGAAUCGAAAAUUUAUAUUUUGUCUUCGCUAAUAGUGGACUUCCUGUGGUAAAAGAAUGUAACAUUUCUUGGAAACUGAGGAAGUUGACUGAAGAUCGAUUACUGCUCCUCUUCGACAAAACAACUGUCAUAAGUGACUAUUUGCCAAAAUCUUAGGAAACGAGGUCAUUGUCCUUCGUUUCUUGGAAAACAACCAGGCGAUAACAACCAUUCUGAUUGGCUGAUGGGGCUGACGACAUUCAAAAUUUAUAUACAAAUCCUUGACUUCCUAAUGUUCCCAACAUAUUCAACGAAAUGGCUUCUUCAGACGCUAUUAUCAAUAACUUAAAGAACAAGUUAAUUUGUUMCAUCUGUCACGAUAUAUUUACCGACCCCAAAACUCUUCCCUGUCUUCAUAGUUACUGUACACAAUGUAUUGCUCAGUGGUAUGCAAAAAAUGGGGAUCAAGUCAACAAGAAAAUGGAGUGUCCGGAGUGCAACACRACGAUAGAUGUACCAGACGGCGAUUCUUCGAAGCUUCGCUCUUCAUUCUACCUCGAUUCUCUCCUGAAGUUACUUCAAGCCAUGAAAAGCAACGCCGMUCUAGGAUUAUCUGAUUGUGGCAGCUGCGAACAAUCUAAAGUCCUGGUUGCAUUUUGCCCACAGUGUGAAGGCUCCAUAUGUGAAGAAUGCAUCAAAACCCACGAGAAAAUCAAACAACUUCGAAAUAAACAUCASCCAAAGAAAUUCGUUGAGUUCAAAGAAGAGAAUGUAAAAAGCUUUAUUGAGAACGAAAUGGUUUGCAAAGAAAAGUUGCACGAAGAAGAAAAGCUUCUAUAUUUCUGCCAAGAAGAGGAAUGUAGACGCUGCGUGUGUCAGAAGUGCCUUGCAUCAAAUCAUCAAAAUCACCAAUUGCAGAGUUUAGCAGAAGCUGCAGAAGAUGGCAGAAAAGACAUUCAAGAAAGCAUCAACCGAGCCAAGCAGCUGAAGGAAACAUUUGAGGAAGAACUGGAGAAGUCCAAGAAAAGCAAGGAAAAAAGCCGACAAGAGUUUGAUUUGGGGAAGAAAGAAGUUCAUCGAGCAGAAGAAAUGCUUUGCAGGAUGGUGCGAGAUCACAGCACAGCGAUGAUAAGUGCCCUGGAGCAGAAACUUCAAGAACAAACUACAGCAAAUGAUCAAGAACAACUUUGUAUUGAGAAUGGAAUCGAGCAGUUAUCGUCGUUCAUGCAGCAGUGGCAGGAUCUACAAGAUAAAGGAGUCUUAUAUAACAUCAUAGAGAGCAAAGAUGACCAUAAGGCCAUCUGUAAGACAUUACUGGAAACGCCGCCUUCUUUUGUAACUGGUGACUUGACAACGCGUUACAUGACAGCCGAGGAAGUCAUGCAAUCGGUGAUUAGCAAGAUCGCAAGGACUAUUAUGCCAGACCCUUCACAGUGCACAUUUGCUUCGCUGAAAAACGUCUGUCACACCUUUGAAAACGACUUUUACAUCAUCACAAGGAAUACAGAAGGAGAAGUGUGUCCCACAAGAAUCGAGUCUAUCGAUGUUAGAAUCAAAGAUGUGGAGGGCAAGGAGGUGGAAAAGAAAGUGUCUGAAGAGCAAACUGGAAAAUACCGUGUGAGUUAUAAAGCAGAGAAAGCGGGAAGGUACGAAAUACUGGUGAAUAUUGAAGGAGAAAGGAUCGAGAACUCGCCUCUGAAUGUAGAUAUACUGGACGUAAAUGAGUUGUUCAAACCUGUGAAAAUCUUCGGAAGAAAGGGAUGUGGAAGAGGAGAGUUGAACAGUCCCCAGUCGAUAGCAGUCAGUGAUAAUGGAGAGAUUGCUAUUGUUGACAGUCUCAAUCACCGUAUUCAAAUAUUCAGGCGUGAUGGAACUUAUUUGAGAGAUUUUGGCAGCAAAGGAAAAGGAGAAGGUAAACUCUUUUUUCCAUUUGGAGUGGUGUUUAAUGACGACAGAAUAAUUGUCAGUGAUGGAUCGCACGAUGAUGUCAAGCUAAAAGAGUUUGACUUGAACGGUACUUACGUAAGAACUUUCAAUACACCCGAGGAAUUGCUGGUAGGGCAUGGAAUGUGUUGCAAUGAUAAUAAAAACAUCGCAGUUUGCUGUAGGGGAAAUGGAGAACUGGAUAUCAAACCAAGUAUCAAGGUGUUCAGUAAACAAGGAGAUUUAGGUCAUGAGUUUGAUAUGCCUGAUAAUAAUGAACAGCCUGAGUACAUCACCUAUGGUAACGGGAAAUACUUUGUAUCUUGUGACCAAGACUUUGUUCGUGUUUUUGAUGUGAAUGGAGUUUUCUUGUACAAGUUUGGAGAAAAGGGAGAAAGAGACGGUCAGUUUAAUGGUGUACGUGGACUGGCUGUUUAUGGUCCAGACAUGAUUCUUGUCUGUGAUGGUUAUAAUCACCGUGUUCAACUUUUCACACAAGAAGGCGAGUUUAUAAGGUCAUUUGGUAGCUAUGGCGGCCCAUGCGUUGGCUGCAUGAACCGACCAAUUGAUGUCAUAGCUACAGCUGAUGCUCAAGUGUAUGUAUUGGAAUUCGAAAGCAGUCGAGUGCAAAUUUGGAAAUGAACUAUAAAUGACAACUAACGCUUACAUCUCAAGGACUAAAUCAUUGUCUUGAUAUUAGAAGUGCGACGCGCCCUACCGUUGCCACCCAAUUAAUUUUUUACUAGUUAGCCAAUCAGACAGCGAGCAUUUAUGCUUUUACACGUGAACUCACUUAGCGUAACCGCAAAUAUUUAAAAUUAUUUCGUAAUCUUUGCAACAAACAAACAAAAACAAAAACAAAAAAGCAACAAAAAAAUUGGCUAGAAAUUUUCUUAGGUUAAAUCUAUUUCGGUCCCUUUGCUGGGCAACGCGCUGUAAUCAAAUAGAUUGCAAAAGUACUAACAUAUUUUUUAAGCGAAAUGUGCAACAAACAAACAAAAACAAAAACAAAAAAGCAAAAAAAAUUGGCUAGAAAUUUUCUUAGGUUAAAUCUAUUUCGGUCCCUUUGCUGGCCAACGCGCUGUAAUCAAAUAGAUUGCAAAAGUACUAACAUAUUUUUUAAGCGAAAUGUGCAUUACAACAAGUGAAAGAGCAGAUAGUCAGACACCAUUUUUAAAAUUAAAAAUUUGGUCAAUUAAAGAACCCAAUAAUUGAUGGGUUGCAAACAUUUCCAAGAGAGUUAAAAGACAAAAACGUGGCGGCCAUUGUGGUACCGUUAACAAUGGAUGCUAAUGAGAAAUCUUUUGCUAAAUGGCACCAACAUGGCCGCGAUGACGUAACGUGCAAUCGAAGAAUAUAAUAAGGACUCUUGCCCCUCAUCAGUAGUUCUAAAAAAACUUAACUGCAAUAAAUUGUAAUUUUGCAAAGCA